CGUUUCUAAGCCAAUGAGGAGAAAGUAGUAGGAGAGUCUAUUUGGAAUGUAUUUUGUAAUGUCACUAUUUUUUUAAAGAUGUUAAUAGUGAUAUAUAGUACAACUUUUUAUUGCAAGUGCUAAUUAAAUAGGUUAUAAGAAAAUGAUUUUCUACGUGCUAUGAGAUCGAAAUUAGUUUCACACAAACGUAGUUUAAAGUGAGGCAACCACAUAGGACAACAGUGCUGCUUGCUACAUUGCUGUUAUAAUUCAUGGCUGCCAAUAUCCCACAGCGUUUCACCGAAUCAGAUAUAUCAGAUGAAGCUGUUAGGUCAACUUGUGACGAUGCUUCUAUCUGCAAACGAUUUGCUUCAAGUAUAGGCUACUGGAAGGAUCCCUACAUCCAGUAUUUUGUGAGACAAACUGGAGAGAGGAAGGCGCCAGAAAUCAACAGAGGUUACUAUGGACGCGUUAAAGGGGUCAAUCAUUUGCUUGACAGCUUCUUAAAGCAAACUAAAUGCAACUGCCAGGUGAUAAACUUAGGUGCUGGUCUGGAUACAACAUUCUGGAGAUUAAAAGAUGAAGAGCUUCUGCCUAGAAAAUAUUUUGAAGUCGAUUUUCCUAUGGUGGUUUCCCGAAAAACACUCUGCAUCAAAACCAGAGCUCCUUUACUGAAACCAAUUAUUGAAACCCAUUCAAGUGAUUCUAUAUUAAUAGACAGCCAUGGCUUAGAUUCUGACCGCUACUCUGUAAUUGGUGCUGAUCUCAGAGAUCUCCCUGUACUAGAAGAAAAGCUAAAGAAAUGCAACUUAGAUACACAAUUACCUGUUGUGCUUUUGGCAGAAUGUGUACUUGUGUACAUGGCGCCUGAACGGUCAGCAAAUCUUGUCAGGUGGGCUGCAGACACCUUUCAAACUGCCAUGUUUAUAAACUAUGAACAGGUAAACAUGGCAGAUCGAUUUGGGCAAAUCAUGGUUGAGAAUUUACAGAGAAGGCAGUGUACCCUGGCUGGAGUAGAAGUCUGCAGGAGCUUGGAAACGCAGAUUAAUUCAUUUUGUUUCAUACCUUUAUUGCAGAAGGACAGGUUUUUGUUGAAUGGCUGGGAAAACGCAUCUGCAGUUGACAUGAUGAGUGUGUACAACAGUUUGCCACGGGAUGAUGUUAGCAGAAUAGAAAAACUUGAAUUCUUGGAUGAAAAAGAAUUACUCCAGCAAUUACUGCAACAUUAUUGUAUCUGCUGGGCAACAAAAGACAGCAACAAUUUAGGCCUUGCUGACAUCACAUUUUGAUGGGCUGGAUUUUACAAGGAAGAAUUAUGGCAUGAAUAAGCACUUAACUGUAUUGCACUCAAGAAAACUCAUGUUUGGUGAUUUGCAAUUUGUUUGCAUCUUUCUAGUUUAACACACUCGUUUCCCAGGGUAAUGCACUGAUUUGCCAACACCACUUUUGCUGAGCAACCUGUAUAUUUUGAAUAAAUAUUUUUGUGUUUGUGA